UAAUCAUUUGUGUUUAAUACUCCAAAACGCACCAAUAGCCAGAAUAGUAAGCUAUUUUUAGACGUAGAUAAACAUAUGCUCAUAAAAUAUACAGUGUAAUAAAUUGAUUCGUUAUUUAUUAAUUGGAAAUCGUAACGAAAGAUUAUAAAGUGGGAGAUCUGAGCUUCGGUUCAGUGGAAAUGGACGAAAAGAGUAAUGAGCACAAACCAAAAAUAACGCGUUCUCGUGCUCGUCAUUUACGUAGAAAACGUUUAAUUAUUGCUCGUAAAGCAGCAGAAAAUACUUUAAACAUUGAUACAAACAUUAAUAUCAUCAAUAAAAAUCCAAACAAUCUAAGUGAAGAACAAAUAAAAAGUGAUUCAACUGAAAAUCAAAAAGGGCUGAGUAAAUCUAAAGCUCGAAGAUUGAGGAAGAAAAAUAAAAAAGAAACAUGUCAAAGUUUGGCAUUAAUAAAAAAUCAACAAAAUAAAGAAAUUAAUGAACGAUUUCAACAAGAAAUUAAUGGAAAAAUUCAUUUGUCUAAUCAGGAAUCUUAUUUACUGAUAAAAGACUUAGAAACAGUGGAAACUAUUGAUACCAAUAGUAAUCAACAAGAUUCUAAAUUAAUAGAAAACCAAAAAAACUUUCCAAGUAGUAUUGAUGAUAAUCAUAUAAAUACUCAAGAUAAAAAUUGUUGUGAGUUUUCUUCUAAUUAUAUUUUAAGUAAAGACUUAAUUGUAUCCGUUGAGGAUAAAAAAAAUUCUGAAAAUGGCUUAUGCAAUAUAAAUGACAAUGUUGUAAUUCAGGAUAAUGAUACAUUAGGCUUUGCAAACGUUGGCACUGAAAACGUUGACGGUAAAAUCGAAGUAGUUGUGAAUAAGGAUAAAAAAAAUCUAUCAAAUAGUUUGUUACAUAAUUCAGAUAUUAAUCAAUUAAAAAUGAAUAAAGAAGAAAAAUCCAGAGAGCAAAUUAAGGCUGAAAGAGAAGCUAAAAAGGCUGCUAAAGCAGCAGCUAAGAAUAAAACAAAAAAUGCUGAUUCCGUAAAUAAAAGACAAUCAGAUACAUCUCAAAAUAAAAAUGAUACUGUCAAUCAUACGUCCACAGAAACACAUAAUCAACAACCACUUCAAUCUACAACAAACGAAAUGUCCAAUGCAUCAUCAGAGAAAACAGAACAAAUUAUUUUUCCAGUUAUUAAAGAUGAAGGUAAAAGUAAAAGUCAAUUAAGAGCUGAAAGAAGAGCAAAACAAGAAGCUCAAAGAGCUGCUAAGGAAUUAGAAAAAGAGAAAAAAAUGACUGAAGCUGCGUCAAAAUCGUCAGAAGUACCUGCACAAAAGAAAAAACCUGAAAAAGUUGAUAAAACAGAAGACGAGCCAAAAAAAAUCGUCAAGAAGUCAAUUAAUCAAGUUAUUGUAGAAAAUAAUCAUGAAAUUAAUUUGUUCAAACAUUUAUAUCACGAACGCGAACAAUCUUUAAUAAAUGUACCAGCAGUUAAUUCUCAUAUUCACCCAGCAAUUGUUCGAUUAGGUGUUCAAUAUGCAAGUAAAGUUAUUGUGGGAAGUAAUGCAAGAUGUAUUGCAUUUUUAUCAGCAUUAAAACAACUUAUUAAAGAUUAUGAACGACCAUCACAAGCGGAUUUUACGCGGGGUUUAGAAGCGAGUUUUCAGGAAUCAAUGGCGUACUUACAUCAUUGUAGACCUCUAGCUGUUUCCAUGUUGAAUGCGUUAAGACACUUGAAGUGGAGGAUGACACAGUUGUCGGAUAAAAUUUCGGAUGGAGAGGCAAAGAACAAAUUGGAAAGUGCCAUAGAUCUUUAUAUAAAUGAACAAAUUUUGUUAGCAGACGAAGCAAUAUCACAAAAAAUUCGCACUAAAAUAUAUGACAACGAUGUCAUACUAACUUAUGGAUAUUCUUCUUUAAUUCAAAAAGUUCUAUGUGAUGCCUAUGAUGCAGGGCGUAAAUUCCACGUCAUAGUAGUGGACGGUAGACCUUGGCUUGAAGGAAAAGAACUUCUUCGAAGACUUGCAAAACACGGCGUGUCAUGUUCUUAUGUUCUAAUUAAUGCUUUGAGUUUUGUUAUGCCAGAAGUAAGCAAAGUAUUCCUUGGAGCUCAUGCAAUUUUGGCCAAUGGAGCUGUAAUGUCACGUGCAGGCACAGCCCAAGUAGCUCUGAUGGCCAAAGCAUUUAAUGUUCCUGUUUUAUUUGCUUGUGAAACGCACAAAAGUUGUGAACGUGUUCAAACGGAUUCUAUAGUCUAUAAUGAAAUUGGUGAUGCCGAUGAAUUAGUGCAAAAUAAAAAUGAAAAUGGCAAGAAAACGGUACUAACUAAUUGGCGAGCUAAAAAAUCAUUGAACUUAUUAAAUAUUAUUUAUGAUGUAACACCAGCUGAUCUAGUGACAGCAGUGGUUACAGAAUUAGCUAUUUUACCUUGUACAAGUGUUCCUGUAAUAUUGCGAAUUAAACCAUCGGAAAUUUAAUGCGACAAUAUUUAUGUAUUAAUAAGAAAUUUUUCAGAAAUAAAUUAAAAAUUAAUAUAAUUUUAUUAUAUUAAAAUUACUCAGAUAAGUUGAGCUUACGGCAUAAAAGUGUUAUUUUCUAGAUUCAAAGUUUAGUUU